AUGUUCAAAGACAAGACCUACCUCAGCCUUUGGGAGCUCAUGUUGACCAGAGAGCCGUACUGCUCAGAGACAGAGAAGGACAAAGCUUCUCCGAGUCCUUAUCUUACCAUUGUUUAUGACGGUUCCACUGAAUUUAGAAAUGACCAGGUCGUGGUAAGCACCUGCAAGAUGCAGGUUUACAAAUUCCCCUUUGACAGUCAGAGCUGCAACCUCUCCUUCAGGUCCAUCAUGCAUGACGAUACAGAAAUAAAGUUACAGCCCUACACAAACGAAACAAAAAUGCAAGAGUGGUCUCUUGACAACAUGCACACACAGUAUGAGUGGCUGUACCAGAACAUGUCAGUCGUCAGCAGACAUGACAAUUUUAUCUUCAACCAAACUAUCAUUGUUUACACUAUUACCAUGAAGAGGAGGUCUGUCCUCUACAUUGCCAAUUUCAUUCUGCCAAUUCUUUUCUUUUUGACUCUGGACUUGGCCUCCUUCCUGAUCUCAGACACUGGAGGGGAGAAGCUCAGUUUCAAGGUUACUGUCUUGCUUGCUGUCACAGUGAUGCAGUUUCUUCUCAAUGAAAUUCUGCCCAGCUCUUCAGACAGUAUUCCACUUAUAGCUGUCUAUUGCAUUGGGAUUUUUACUCUGAUGCUGCUCAGCCUCCUGGAGACAAUUUUGGUGAUGCAUCUGAUUGAGAAAGACUCUGCAGUCCAAGAUGAGACAGACGGAGACGGAAACAUGGCAGACAACUAUGGGGUCAAAGAGGACAACCAUGACUUUCAGAGCUUUUUUAGAACUCAGGACAUUCGGCUGCAGCCAAGUGACAACUCUACAGAAGCGACAGAGUGGUCUCCUGAUUUGAUGCAGAAACAAUAUGAGUGGCUGUUCAUAAACAUGACAGUCACUGCCAACAAUGCAAGUGAUUUAGUUUAG